ACUUGAUUUACAUUGUAAAUUUUUUAUUAACAGGUUAAUGAUUUGGUUUUUGAAUAUAUUGUAAGUGAGAUGCGUCCAAUUGUAACUUGCGAAAAACCAACUUUUCGCAAAUUGAUUCUGGGACUAACACAAUCAAAUGAUGAAACAAUUCUGCCAAAUAGAAAACAAAUGUAAAAACAGUUGACAUCAAAUUACAAUGCCUAUGUAUUAAUGCUAACUGAUUUGAUUGAUAAACAAAAUUAUAUCUGCACAACAGCUGAUAUUUGGAGUGGGAAUAAUAAAAGUUACAUGGGAAUGACUUGUCAUUUGAUUGAUUCUGAGACAUAUCAACGUAAAUCGUAUGUCUUAGGCUGUAAAAGAAUCAAAGGAAGUCACAACUACUUAAAUAUAGCUGAAGUCAUGACAGAAAUAACACAAAAUUUUGGAAUCCAUUAUUCGAAAAUUACUCACACAGUGACUGACAACGCAAGUAACUUUGGAAAGAGUUUUAGAACAUUUUCAAUAGGCUCAUCAGUUCAGUCAACUUCAGAAGUUGGUGACUUAAAUGAAAAUAGUUCAGAUUCUGAUAAUUCUGAUUUAGAAAUAGAUAGUAUGGAAAUAAUGGAUGUAGAGAAACUUUUUAUUAGUUUGGAGCAAGAGCAACUUGAUUUACAUGAUACAGAUCAUUCUUUUUAUUUACCACAACAUUUAAAAUGUUGUGCACACACAUUAAAUUUGAUUGCAACCACAGACAUUGCUAAAAUCACAGAUACUAACUAUUUACAACUUUCUGAAUCAACUUUUAAAAAAUUGUAUAGUUUUUGGAAUUUAAUCAGUAGAAGUACUGUUGCAUCAGAUAAAGUAUUUGAAAUGUGUGGUUGUAAAUUUCCGGUACCAGUUGUAACGCGCUGGAAUUCUUUAUAUGAUGCAUCACUGAAAAUCUUAAAACACAAAUCUCAAAUUAUUAAGUUAAUUGAUGAUUUACAUUUGACUAAAUUAAAAUUAAAUGAAUGGGUAUUUUUAGAAGAACAUUGCAAAACCAUGGAACCCUUAGCUAUAUCGUUGGACAAGUUACCAGGGGAAAAUAGGAGUUUUUUGGGCUAUGUAGCACCAACUAUUUUAGUACUAAGAAGAUUAUUAAUAGCAUUUCCAAAUCAGAAAUAUUGUAAGCCAUUAAGUCUUACAAUUAUAAAAGCCAUAGAAACUAGAUUUAGUUAUUUAUUUGAUUUAAAUAGUCCGGAAAGUAAAAGUUUCAUUAUUUCUUCCAUAAGUCAUCCUAAAUUUAAACUCAGUUGGGUACCAGUUAGGUUUAUGAAUAUUUGUAAAACACUAUUUUUAAAUGAGUGUAGUGUUGUAGCUGCCACUUCUGAACAAUUUAUGAAGUCUGUUGUUGUAGAAAUAGAUUCUGACAGUAGUGACAAUGAGUUUUAUGGGAAUAUCUGUACCGAAAAGAAAAUUGAUGAUUAUACAACUGCUUCAGAAGCAAAGCGAUUGAAUUAUGCAAAUUUACAGGCUAUAUCUUACCUAAGUUCAAAUAAAAAAGAUUUAGACGUUUUAAAUGAAUACCCUAUCAUUAAAGAGGUAUUCCUAAAAUACAAUACCACGAUUCCAUCCUCAGCACCAGUCGAGAGAUUGUUUAGUAAGGCAAUUCAAGUCCUAACACCUAGGCGUAAUAGAUUAGGUGAUAAAGUGUUUGACAUGAUAUUAUGUUGUAGAUCAAAUAUGGUUUAAAUAAUGUAUUGUUUAUUUUAACAUAAUUUAUUUUAUUUAUUUCAAAUGUCAGUUUUUUUGUUUUAUUCAG